GCGGGCAUACUUGCUUCUGGAAUUGGGCGUUACUUUGGUCUCGUGAUUUGAGGAAAUAAAACGUGCUGUGCUGUUUCCCGGUUGGUUACUUACGCUCCAGCAUUCCAGAACUAGUGCGGAAUUUUUAAAACAGGUUUUCUGAGGGGACAGCAAAGAAGAUGGAUUUGAGAGCUGCUGUCGUUUUGCUCUGCUUAAUCGGGCUCACCUGCGCGGAUCCAGUCAAGUACACAGACUGUGGCUCCCCUUCAGGCAAGGUGACCAUGGUGGACAUUACUCCUUGUACCUCGCAGCCUUGCCAGCUGCACAAAGGACAGUCCUACAGCGUCAACGUGACUUUCAGUAGCGGCGUGCAGAGCCAGACGAGCAAAGCUGUGGUUCACGGCAUCAUCGCCGGGGUCCCCGUCCCCUUCCCGAUCCCCGUCGAUGACGGCUGCAAGUCGGGAAUCCGGUGUCCCAUCCAGAAGCAGACGGGCUACCACUAUGUGAACGAGCUGCCCGUCAAGACGGCGUAUCCCGCGAUAAAGCUGGUAGUGGAGUGGGAACUGAGAGAUGACCUCAAUCAAGAUCUCUUCUGCAUUAGGUUCCCAGUACAGAUUGUUUGAAUCGGGUUAUGUGCACGAGUUUUUGUUUAUUAAAAAAAAAAAGGGAACGUCAACCACUAAAAUGUAAAUGAUUCUACAUACAAAUCAUUGUUUUACUCACUCUGCAAAUCGAUUUUUAUAAUGCAUUUAUGUGCUACCUUUUCAUAGCACCGCACCAAAUGUUUAACGACGUUGCAGGAAAAAAAAAUGCAGUAAACGUUUGUUUUUGUCACAUCUUAAUGCAGUUACUACACGUCCUAAUGGCUGCUGUGUAGUCUGAAUUCACGCCGCAAACAUUUCUAGCUGUUCAAACUUUUUGUAAUUUCUUAGUCUUUGUGCUUUAUAUAAUAUGGAAACUGUAAAUGUGAUAAAUAAAGAACUUUCUCAGUGUUGUGAUUCUGA